GUUGGGCUAAAUCCUACUAGAGAAGAGCAUAAAGAAGAUAUCUGAUCAACCCGACCCAUUAUAACCUCUUUGUUGGCCGCGUAAUAUGUUCGCACGCGGCCAUCAGACAAAGAACAUACAUAUACAUUUACAAGAUUCAAAGCCCUUAGCUUUGAUAAUCUCUAGUUAUUAAAGAGGUAACAAAAUCAAAAAGAAGAACCCGAAUUUUCAAUUACAAGCCACCUCUUCAUAACAUAUAUUAGCUUCCAGUCAUUCUGCUUAUAUAUAUACGCAAUAAGUGAAACCAAAAAAAAUGGUGAGAAGAAGAGAAGGCCUUACAUUGCCAAUCUUGACAUCGAAGCUUCCCGAAGUCAAUACAACAACAAAGACAACACCAACGGCCUCACAUAAACCAAAACAACGGUUAUCAAAACAACUUUCUAUGUGUGAAACUCCACGAGACGUUGCUUGGGAAAGAAGAAGACGUCAGAUGAUAAUAAUUCAAGAAAAAAAGCUACUUCAUAAAGGCGUUUCAGACAAUCUUAGUGUACAAAUGAAGCUAACAGAUGAGGACUUAAACGAGCUUAAAGGAUCGAUUGAGCUAGGUUUCGGUUUCAAUGAAGAAGCAGGACAAAAACUAUGCAAUACGUUACCAGCUCUCGAUCUUUACUUUGCAGUGAACCGUCAGGUCUCACCUCUCCCUUCACCUAGCAGCAGCCGUAGCAGUAGCGCAUCUGCAUCAACUUUCUCUAACAGUAUACCUUGUAGUCCCAAAAAAUCUGAUUCAGAUUCAAUAAAGAUCUUACGUCCAGGGGAUGAUCCUCAACAAAUGAAGCAAAGAUUGAGACACUGGGCACAAGCGGUUGCAUGCUCGGUUAUGCAGUCUUAUUGAAAAGUGUAUAUGUGAUUGUUAGCUUCAAUCAUUCAUAUUUUCUUUUGAGAGAUAGGCAACAGAUCCUUUAUAAUUAGGAUCCUCAAGAUAGAAAAUUUGAGAAAAAAAAAAAAGAAAAAGAAGAAGAUUAUGGCUUUGUAUAUACAUACUGUGCAAAGGAACAUAAGAAGAAAAGGAAAACCUCUUGUUCAUGAGUUGUAUAAAAAAAUUACAACAUGAUCUUGCAAUUGGAUAAAUAAAAUGAACUAUUUUAGAUA